AUGAAAUCAAAAAACCAAACAGGGAUAGCAGAAUUCUUACUUCUGGGACUCUCAGAAGACCCCCACCUGCAGCCCCUCAUCUUUGGGCUGUUCCUGACCAUGUACCUGCUCACGGUGCUGGGGAACCUGCUCAUCAUCCUGGCGAUCAGCUCUGACUCCCACCUCCACACCCCCAUGUACUUCUUCCUCUCCAACCUGUCCUUCACUGACAUCUGUUUCAGCACCAGCACGGUCCCCAAGAUGCUGGUGAACAUCGAGAGACAGAGCAGAACCAUCAGCUACAUAGGCUGCCUCACCCAGGUCUACUUUGUCCUGGUUUUUGCAGGGUUGGAAAACUUUCUACUUGCAGCGAUGGCCUAUGACCGUUUCAUAGCCAUCUGCAAUCCACUUUGGUACACAGUCAUCAUGAACUCCCUCCUGUGUGUUCUGGUGACUCUAUUCUCAUUGUUAAUUAGCACUGUAGAUGCUCUGCUGCACUGCCUGAUGGUACUCCGUCUGUCCUUCUGUGCAGACCUAGAAAUACCUCACUUCUUCUGUGAACUGGACCAGGUCAUCAAGCUUGCUUGUUCUGAUACCCUCCUCAACAACAUCUUGGUAUACACAGUGACUAGCAUAUUGGGUGGUGUUCCUCUCCUUGGGAUCAUUAUCUCUUACAUUAAAAUUGCUUCUUCUGUUCUGAGAAUGCCAUCAACUGAGGGAAAGUACAAAGCUUUUUCUACCUGUGGGUCUCAUCUUUCCAUUGUUUCUCUGUUCUAUGGGACAGCUUUUGGGGUGUACAUCAGCUCUGCAGUGACUGACUCAUCCAGGAAGACGGCAGUUGCAUCAGUGAUGUAUACAGUGGUUCCUCCAAUGAUGAACCCUUUUAUUUACAGUUUGAGGAACAGAGACAUGAAAGAAGCCUUGAAGAAGUUCAUCAGGACACCUCACUUUUUGCAACUGUGUCAUCUGCUUUGGACUUAG